AUGACAGCACUGGCAGGAGGUUUAACGAGGAUGAUGAGACCCGGUCCGCACCAGAAUUACGCACGGGGAGGCUACUCUCUGGAGGUGUCCACUCCUCUAGGCCAGGGUCGCGUCAACCAGCUCGGUGGUGUGUUCAUAAACGGCCGGCCUCUGCCCAACCACAUCCGCCACAAGAUCGUGGAGAUGGCCCACCACGGGGUCCGGCCCUGCGUCAUCUCCCGCCAGCUGAGGGUCUCUCACGGCUGCGUGUCCAAGAUCUUGUGCCGCUACCAGGAGACUGGAUCCAUUCGGCCCGGAGCCAUCGGAGGGAGCAAGCCGAAGCAAAGUGCUUCUCCAGAAUUGGACAAGAAGAUUGAAGAGUACAAGAGGGAAAACCCGGGAAUGUUCAGCUGGGAAAUCAGAGACAAGUUAUUGAAAGAUGGCAUCUGUGACAGAAACAGCGUUCCUUCAGUGAGCGCCAUCAGUCGCGUCAUGAGGUCCAAAUUCGGCGGUGUGGGUGACGAUGAGGAGGAUGGUGACGAGGUGGUGAAGAGGGAGAUGGAGGACAACGAGCCGAGGACGAAACACAGCAUCGAUGGCAUCCUGGGUGAUAGAUCCAGUCACUCGGACGAAGGCUCCGACGUAGACUCCGAGCCAGGCCUGCCCCUCAAGAGGAAGCAGCGGCGCAGUCGGACCACCUUCACGGCGGAGCAGCUGGAGGAGCUGGAGCGGGCCUUCGAGCGCACGCACUAUCCCGACAUCUACACACGCGAGGAACUAGCUCAGAGGGCAAAACUCACCGAGGCUCGCGUUCAGGUGUGGUUCAGCAACAGACGAGCCCGGUGGAGGAAGCAAGCGGGAGCCAAUCAGCUGAUGGCUUUCAACCACCUCAUCCCAGGCGGUUUCCCUCCGUCGGCCAUGUCGGGCCUGCAGCCCUAUCAGCUGCCCGAGAGUCCUUACCCCGCAACUUCCAUAGCUCAAGCCACUGAGCAGCCCAGCACGGUCCAUCGACCGCAGCCUCUGCCGCCCACCUCUGUGCACCAGAGCGGGCUCAGCUCGUCGUCCAGCGCUCAGGACGGCGGUUCGGGGUACUGCCUGUCCUCCGGACGUCACGGCUUCUCAGGAUACUCUGACAGCUUCGUGUCCCCGACCGGACACGCCAACACCGUCAACCCCGCCGCCAUCGGCAACAGCCUUUCCCCUCAGGUGAUGGGCCUUUUGAAUCCAGGCGGAGUGCCUCAUCAGCCCCAGAGUGACUUCGCUCUCUCCCCUCUGACCGGAGGCUUGGAGCCUAACGCCGGCAUGGCCGCCAGCUGUCACGGCUCCCAGCGACUGGAGGCCUUACCGGGUCUGACCGGCAUGCCCACCCUGCCGAGCACUCAGUCUUACUGCCCGCCUUCCUACACCUCGCCAGCCUACGCCGUCGACCACCAUCCAUCGUACCAAUACGGACAAUACAGUCAGAGCAAGGUGCCUUUUAUUAUUUAA